UUCCAUUUGCUUCAAUAUAUAUACAUAUAUAUAUAUAUAUAUAUAUAUAGAUAGAUAUAGUGAUCCAUCGACAGAUAGCUAGGUAGAAUCAAGAGAUGAUGGAGAAAGAAGAAGCCAUGAGAAAGGGGCCAUGGACCGAAGAAGAGGACGUUCAGUUGGUGUUCUACGUUAACUUAUUCGGCGACCGGCGUUGGGACUUCAUUGCUAAAGUAUCAGGUCUCAAACGCACCGGCAAGAGCUGUCGUCUGCGCUGGGUCAACUACCUCCACCCUGGCCUUAAGAGGGGUAAAAUCACCCCUCACGAAGAGCGCCUCGUUCUCCAACUCCACUCCAAAUGGGGAAACAGAUGGUCAAGAAUUGCCAGGAAAAUACCCGGUCGCACUGAUAACGAGAUCAAGAACUACUGGAGAACUCACAUGAGGAAGAAGGCUCAGGAACAGAAGAAGAAGGCCACCGGUAUUCCUCAUGCCUCCUCCUUCUCCUCCUCCUCUUCCUCAUCCUGCUCCUCCAUCGCCAGCUUCUAUGACACUGGCGGGAUGGAGGGACAAAACAACAAUAACAAGUGCAAGGCGGCUGCGGAAGAAGUGUAUUCCAUAGAUGAGAUCUGGAAGGACAUAGAGCUGUCUGAAGAGAGUAGCAAUUUUCCAAUCACAUCUCCUCUAGUAUGGGAUUUCCCCACAAAUGAUUCUCUGUGGUCUCAUGAUGACCAUGAGAGCAAGAUGCUGAUGACUCCCCCCUACGAUUCUUUCCCUUUUUACAAUCACCAUAUGUCUGGCUAAUUCCAUUCAUUUUUAAGCUAUCAAUUUCAGGCAUAAGCUAGCAGGUGCUUACUUUUUGUAUAUAUUUAAUUUCUCUCUAAUAAUAGAAUGAAUGCGUGAGAUUCUAAUAUUAUACUCCCUUCGUCCC